GACGGUAAUUACCAGAUAACGACAAUGACCAAAGCCACAGUGUACAGCCAUGGGCGUGUCAAAUGGGAGCCACCAGCCAUCUAUAAAAGUUACUGUCCUAUAAACGUCGAGUUCUUCCCAUUUGAUGAACAAAACUGUCAUCUGAAAUUCAGUUCUUGGACAUAUGAUGGGUUUCAAGUGGAUUUAAAACACCGAGAGCAUCCUGACAUAAAAGACGAUGUUCGGGUCGAAAAUGGCAUUGACGUAUCUGCGUACUCAAGAAGCGUUGAGUGGGAUUUGAUGGACGUACCGUUUUCUAGAAACACUAAAUAUUAUUCAUGUUGCCCUGAACCUUAUCCAUCUAUUACCUACAAUAUAACAAUUCGCAGGAAGACUCUCUUCUAUACUGUCAAUCUGAUCAUACCCUGUGUGGCCAUAUCAUUCCUCACAGUGUUAACAUUUUAUCUGCCAUCACACAGUGGAGAGAAAAUCACACUUUGUAUUUCCAUUUUGCUGUCUUUGACUGUGUUCUUCUUGCUGUUGGCAGACUUGAUUCCCCCGACGUCUCUGGUGAUCCCACUAAUCGGGAAGUAUCUGCUUUUUACGAUGAUCCUUGUGUCGUUAAGUAUCAUAGUGACAGUGAUGGUUCUGAACGUCCACUUCCGGUCCCCUGCCACUCACAAAAUGUCUCCUUGGGUGAAGAAAGUGUUCCUGUCCAUCUUGCCUCGUCUACUUCUGAUGAGAAGACCAAAACAAGAGAAUGAAAAAGGGGCCUCAGUAAGCACUGCGAAUGGCGUAGACGUAAGAAGUCCCUACACCGCAGACGCCUACGAUAAUCUGCCCAGUAACGCCAAUGACCCACUGAUAGAAGACUCUGACACGAUGUCAGCGAAGUACCCGUGGCCAAUACAACGAGCUCUCAAGGGCGUCAAAUUCAUUGCAGAUCACUUGAAGUCAGAAGAUCAACAACAUAACGUGGAAGAGGACUGGAAAUUCGUCGCUAUGGUUUUGGAUAGAUUGUUCCUGUGGAUAUUUUCUCUCGCCUGCCUGGUUGGAACUCUUGGUAUCAUAUUGCAAGCACCAACUAUGUAUGAUGGCCGACGCCCGCUUAAUAUAGCAUACAACGACGACUACUCAUAGACUUUGAACAGAACAACAAUUUCAGCUCUUCUGAAGAGUAAUUUUAGAUAAAUUUUCUAAUUAGUACUUCUAGAACGUGAAGUUGUAUAUACUGUACAUAAACAAAAAGAAAACAACGUUGUGCGAAACAAAAAUGCAUAAUGCAAUAUUUCUCCUUUGUUUACAUUUGAUAAUUCGUAGCGGCAGACAUAUAACGGUUUUGCAUGAAAAUGUUAGUUGAUGAACAAUAAUUGAAAUUUUGGCAAUACUGGAACCACGUGUUGAGCUACGAUGUGCAUUGUCCACAUUCUAUGGAUGGAACAAACUGUUUCAAACCUCAUCAUGUAUGUAAUCAUAGCACCCGUGUGACGUGACAGAGAGUCCCCCAUGACAGAGAGUCCGCUUCCCAUUCAUUUGUACAGGCGAGCCUCGCCCUAGAUUCUAACCCAUUAUAACUAAACGGAGGGCGGACUCUCUGUUACACAGACCCUCAGUUUCGUCACACCGGCAUGUUCCUGAGAUGUGUGCCAGUUAAGCAGAAGAAAGCAACAACGAUCUU